GCUUAGUUGAGUUAAAAAUAGUCACAAAUAUCGUCCAUCGUCCCAUUAAUCAUGCAUGAUUCAUCCAUGAGAAUGGGGAGAAAUGAUCAGCUUCUUUGGGUUCUGAUCAGGUGUUAUGCGUGCUUUCUGUUGUUAACAAUUUCAGUAGUCCAGAGCACCAAUUUCAGUAGCACAAAUAGAAUCAGCAAAGCCGGAUGCCAAAGUCAAUGUGGAAAAGUCACAAUUAUAUAUCCCUUCGGCAUCGGCCUCGGCUCAGGUUGUGCUAUCGACCCAUGGUUUGAAGUCACCUGCAACACUUCUUUCAACCCACCAAAGCCAUUCUUCUCAUCAGGGAUUGAAAUCUUCGAAAUAUCAAACAACCAACUUCGUGUUUCCACUAAGAUUGUUACCAGUUGUUAUAACAGUCAGGUGGGUCGUUUAUUAGUCCAUGGAGCAGACAAGGUUCAGGUGGAUCUACGCGCAACCCCGUACAUCGUCUCUGGGCUGAACAGAUUCACCAUCAUAGGUUGCAAUGACUUCGGUCUAAUUUCGGGUGAUUGCAAAGGUCGGAACUUUAGCAGUGGAUGCGGACCGAUCUGUCCUCAAGCAGAGGACGGCCUGGGGGGAGAUUAUUCUGGAAUUGGCUGUUGCGAAACGUCCUUUCCAGAAGGCGCUAUUAUUACACACUGUUCUGCUCGUCUGGGUAACUUUAAUAACCAUUCCACGGUUUACAAGUUCAACCCUUGUAGCUAUGGAUUCCUGGCUGAACAGGGCAGAUUCGUAUCUGGGGGUACUUUUGAUUUUUUUUUAUCUGAAUUUCAUUGAUAGGACCUUAGCCAGUGUUCCAGUUCUACUGAACUGGACAAUUGGAAAUUCGAAUUGCUCUACAGCGCAGAAAGCGAAAGAUUAUGGAUGCCGCGGCAACAGUUUUUGUGUUGAGACAUACACAGAAUCAGUCGAAAAUUUACUUAUUAGUAACUUAAAAAAAAAAUGAAGAACAAAAUAUGUUUAGGGUUUAAAUU